AGAGAACGGGAGUGGAGGGUAGAGAACGGGAGAGCGCGUUCCGCCAUGCCGACGUCGUGGGAGAAAGACAGCGGGAAAGAGAACGCCAGAGAGCUUGCGCAAGCUUCGACCCGCCGCAGCUCCGAUCGGCGGACGGCGGUUAAGCCAGCCGCACGUUCCGAGUUUUCGUGCCAGCAGUCGACUCGCAGCCUGGCUUUCCAACUGGCACGCCGGAGCAGUGCUUUUUCUCGUACUGUGGCCUCUCGUUCCCUCGUCUCGUUCCCUCCUCCUCCUCUUCUUCUUCUUCUUCUUCUUCUUCCCCGCGGUCUCUCCUUUCCCCUUUCGCAGACUCUUUUCAUCUUUCUUUCUUUCUCUCUCUCUCUCUCUCUCUCUCUCUCUGCUUAUCUUUUUGUCACUUUCUCUCUCCGCUCUUUAUCCCCGAGUCUCGAUUCUACUCUCCGCGACAUGACGCGUUGAUGAUCUACGCGCUGCUUUCAGCAGCGGCGGCAGUGCUCGUUGGGAACUGAAAACCACCACCACCACCACCGCCGCCGCCGGUGGUGGUCCACCACGAGAUUCAAUUCCGAGCAGCAUCCUCGAAGCAGCGUCCUUCAGACCUCUAUGUGCGUCAGUGCGCGGUUAAGAAUCGCGAGGGAAACUGUGCCAGGCGACGUUGUGGUCGAUACGCCAAGGACGAUGAUGAUGAUAUAAAUUCCUACGCAAAGAGACGUUCGUCCUGAUGAGAGAGAAGAUGAGAUACUCGAAGGGACCCGCGUGGACGAUAUCGCGUCGGUGAUUUCGAUCGGCAGCGAGAACUAUAGCUCUCCGAAGAUCGUCGGAGAAAUCGGAGUAAUCAGAGAGCAUGAGGGUGUUAUGGUAAAGGUAGUUCUCGACGGGAGAGGCAAAUGGAGAUAAGAGGAGAGAAAGCGGAGGUAUUUUGACAGCCUCGGCACUUGUCCCGGGAAUGCCUCGAAUGCCUGUGCCGGUACUCCUCGGUAGCUGGGGCUGGGGAUUUUUCGCCAUAUUCCUCCUGCUUCUGGCCACCCCCAGUCCCGCUGCCAUUCGCAGAGCGGACCGAGGCCACUGCAACAAGACAGUGGACAUUUACGAAGAUGUGUCGAGCCCGGCGGUGACCCCAGCGAAUUGGGGUAAGCCCCUCUCGUGCUGGUACCGUUUCCGUGCCUUUCGCGGAACACCCCGGGACUGGAUUCUGCGGGUGCGCUUCAAGAAGUUUAAGGUCGGAGUGCUGGAGAACGCCACCACCUGCAGUGGCGGUUAUCUGCAGAUCGUAGACGGCAACACGAAGACCGAGGUGAGCAAUCGCAAGGACCCGGGCGUCUACUGCGGCGAGUCCGAACAGCCGCAGACCUUCAUCAGUGAGACCAGCUUCGUGCGGGUGAUCUUCCACGCGGACAACUUCACCGAUCAGACGUACUUCAGUUUCGAUUCGCGCGCGGAGCCGCAAUUCGAAGUGUACCUCAGAUACGGCCAGCAUCCGGAGCUUUAUCCGAAUCGGCGCGGCGAGGUUGUGCCGGGCAGCUACUGCGAGCGUGUCUUCAAGGACUGCCGGCUGCAGACGUGUUACGUGCAGAGCCCGGCUUAUCCGGGCAUUUAUCCGCGCGCGUUGCACUGCAAGUAUCGUCUCAACACCCGGCUGCCCUUCAUCAAGCUCUACAUCGAGAACGAGGAGUUCAACAUUGACGGUCAACGAUGCGAGAACAUCAUGACGUGCCCGAUGCGGCCGAUCAGUUCUGGCUCGGAGCACUGCCCGUACGAUUACAUACGCGUGUACGACGGUAAGAACGAGAGCAGCCCGGUAAUCGGUACCUUCUGCGGCAUGGGCAAAUUUCCGUACAGUAUCAUUGGUACCAGCGAGGAUCUCUAUGUAGAAUUCGUAUCGUCGCCGGCCGGACCGUUGCUCAACACUGGCUUCCACUUCAACGUGGGCAACUGGCCCGGUCACGUGGAAACCGCGGGCGUGAAAAACGGCAGCUGUGACUGGUUGUUGAACAGCGAGUCUCUCGUGACUGGUAACGAGGGCAUCUUUCUGUCGGUCGCACACUGGUAUCCACCGCACACCAGCUGCACCUAUCUGCUACGUGGACGACCCGGCGAGAUCGCGCGCCUCUAUUUUCCCAGCUUUCGAGUGAACCGUAUCGAGUCGCCGAUCCAGCCUUACGACGGAGACUGCGGCGAGAGUCUGACGCUCUACGACUCCGAUUGGCCGGACGACGCACGGAUUAUCAAGACCUUUUGCGAUACUUUCAGCAAACCGAUGGAGAAGCACGAUUUCGUCUCGACGUCGAACGCUCUAUUCGUGCGAUUCGAAAGCAAAACCGGCAGUUACUCGGGCAGCUCGCUCUACUACUGGGCGCACUACGACUUUUUCAACGCGACGAGAUUCGGCGAGCCCACGCCCGGUACCGAGUGCGACGAAGUCUUUGCCUCGUGGAAGACGCGCUCGGGCCGUUUACGCUCGCCACUGAACACCUUGGUUUACAAACGACCGGGUGAUCCGCCCGCUGAUCUGUCCUGCACCUAUAGCUUCGUCACGGAUAAGCGGUUGUUUGCGCGCGUGAUCCUCGUGGUAGAGUCGAUCAAUUUCAAGGAGCACCCAUACGCUCAAUGCGGCCAUUGCUGGGACAGUCGGGUGGAUCGGGUGAUCAUCCGGGAGCCUAAUCCGGAUGGUGUCAAGCCCCACUGCCUCUGUCGAUCCAAUAACAACGGCACUCCGGCACCCACGGUUUCGCCGGCGGCGGGAUCGCGACCGCCCGUUCGCAGGAUCGUCUCUCGCGGUGAACGAUUGGAUUUGAAGUUGCUGGUGGAUGGUGCGCACGCGGCAUCGAGCUACUUCAAGUGGCCCGCACCGCUCUUCGAGGCGAGAUACGAGUUCGUGCACAGUCCUUUGUGCGGGCCGUCGCUUCUGCCACCUGCCACCGACGGCGAGAUUGAGUUUCCGCAUUACGAGGCACUGGGAUACGUCACGCCGCCCAGGUCCAUCAAGUGUAUUUGGGAAUUACGGGUGAACCGCGAGCGCGAUCUCUGGUUGCACUUCGACAAGAUCAAGUUCGCAUCGCGCUCCUGCGAGGAUGGCAAACUUGAGAUCUUCCUGCCAGGCAUGACUGAACCGUAUCUCGGUAUAUGCGGUGAGAACGUCAGCUACGUGAGGGAGAUGCCAAUCAUUUCGGCGGCGCUCAUAACACCACCGAUAGAACGUCAGGCUUCGGGCGACGUGAUCGAAGAAUCGCCCGCUGUGAUUAUACAGUUUACCGGCUCCAUGGCGCCGGCCCGGGCGGCCUUCAAGAUCGCCUGGACCGAGCUCUUUCAUCUACCGAGGGACGGAUCCGGGGCUCUCAACACCGGCAAAUUAGAGGACUGCGGCUUCCAGUGUCCGGGCGACGCGGGAUGCAUUCCCUUGAGAUUGGUGUGCAAUGGCGUGGUGAACUGUCCCAGUCGCAGCUUACCCCUGCCGAAUAUCCUGAAUGGCACCUUCUACGAACCAGACGACGAGUCGGUGGAGACGUGUGGUGGUCCCGUCAACGGUAACGGCGGCGGUUUCGUCGGACCCGCUGGCUGGGCUGGCGCCGGCUUGGGCGCUGGUCUUGCCAUUCUCUUGGGUUUGGCGUGCUUUAUCGCUAUGUGCAGGCUUUGCAGAAGACGAUCGCGCUCCAGGGACAUACACGUGCCCUAUUAGGAAACGCGAUCGUGCCUCUGCGGGUAUACACACGCACGAUCUCGGAGAACACAGAGGUUUAAGAGUCGAAUUCACAGCCGUUUCAUCGAGGAAAUUGACAUUCUUUUUUAUAUCCGUACGCAUGUUCGGAUACAUGCAUAGGUGUAUAAAAUAAGAAAUUAUUAUUUCUGGAAUGGAAUGGCUGUGAAUACGAUGAGAGAGAGAGAGAGAGAGAGAGAGAGAGAGAGAGAGAGAAAGAGAAAAAGAGAUACGUUUGCACGGCGUUCUAAUUUUUCAAACGUCGCUCAUUGUCAGAGAGACGUUAUUGAGCCGACUGCAUUAACGUCGCUCGACGUUGCUAAUUUCGAUUAAAUAAAUUUUUUUUCCGACUAUAUCACAAGGAUAAAAUAAUGCAGAGAGGAGUAGAGCGAAUCCCUAAGGCAAGCUUAUUUAAUCGGUCGAGACCGUUAAUGCACUCGCAUUUAAGACCUCUGUGUUGUUUGAGGAACGAUAGGAACGAUCGAGAAGCAUUCUCUUUCUCGAGACUCUUCGAGGUGAAACAAGUGUUUUUCCAUGCUACUCCAAACGAUAGAUCCGACGUUACAAGUAAUUCUCUCAACGUGAUGCUUCCGGGUCUAAUGCACGUCGAGUUUGCUCAUUAAUUGCGAGAGAGGAGUUGACUCCGGAUCUUUACUGUUCUAUCGCGAUGUUCGAGUAUUACACUACUGUCUGUCAACGCCGAUCGCCCACCCCACGUUCGUCACACUGUCGGUCUUCUAUUUACACUCUUUACGGAACACUAAUGGUCCAUACAUUAUCCUCCUCUUACAGCGACGAUCAAGUUCUAACCAAAGCUGUAUUUACCACUGCCGCGUUAUACACGUCGUAUUGUCAUCGCGUCUUCUCUACACACACUGCCAUAGACAUAGAAACUUCAUACAUAGCCCUCGUCUCGAUCGUUCUCAUAUGUCGUUCGCGAGAACUAUCGUAAAUUUGUGGCGAUCCGGUUAUUUUCGUCGCUGAUUGUACGAGCGACGAUAGCUUUCUUUCUAGCGAUAGCAAGACGUCUACGAGAUACCUAUAAGUAUAUACAAUAGCUUUGGCAACAUACAAAAGCAUUUUUGUAUUUUUUUUUAUCUCGCUCCUCUAAUCUCUAAUCACUUGUAGAAUCUUAUCGAGACGAUCAGCAUCGAAGUCCGACAAUAAUGAGUUCAAAACAUUGGAAGGAAAGAAUCGAUAGAUUAGAUUAAGUUAGAUUAAGUUUUAAACGACUAAUGUUGUUUUUCAAAAAUAUUAGGAUAAUUAAUAAUUAAAUAAUUCCAUAUUGUAUAUUCUAUAUUGUAUUUUAUAAUUAAUUAAUUGUCAUAUCGUAUCAUAUAUAUUUUAUAAUAAAUUUCUUUACACGGUUCAUUUGUCAAAGGACAGGGUAUUGCUAUCUCUAGAAAAUUGUGAGGGAAGAUAGCGUGGACCCUCAUUUCCUGUGUCGCUCGUACGGAUGCAAAUCAGCGAGCCGAUCGUCGUAGAUUCCGACUUCGGGAUAUAGUCUUUAGCGGUUGCUCAAAGUUGUCCUGCUUCGUGAACUCUCGAGAGAAACUCGUCGCGAGCAAGAUACAAUUAAAUUGACUUAAAAUACAGCGGGAAUGGCGGUAACGACGGAAAUCGAUAGUACAUCCGGAAAGUGUGGCUUCUGACGAGUCGUGACACGCCUUGUCGAUUUAACAUCUUGAGGUUCGGCGACAGUAUCGAAUAUAAUAAACAUAUAGAUAUAUAUACAUAUAUAUCGAAUCCGUUGUGAGGUAUAUAAUAUCGCUCUAGUGUCAACAUUGGAGAAAGAAAAAAAAAGUGAGAAAAAGGGGAGAAAUAGGAAGUGGGAAGAGCUACGAUUCGCCGAUUCGCAAGAUGUCCGGACUCUAUGACACCGAAUGAGCGUGCCUACUAAAAUAUGCAGCUAUUAUGAUGCAUGUGAUUGUCGACAGUGCAAACAAGUUUGUAUAUAAUAAGGCGGGAGUUAGAAGGAGGUUUGUAAAAACCGAUCGCUUUUUAGAAGUAAAAGUAAACCGGUACGCUAGGUGAAAGAGAGAGAAAUAAUUAAAUAAAAUUUAAUAAGCGAGAGUAAAGUAAGGCGUCGGCGAGAUCGUGCCGACUAUCGCAGAACCCGUUAAUCUGAUACUCGUUGGUUGGCCCUCAUCCAGGAGGGCUAUUAUAAUUAGAGCAAGAAAACAGACACGGAAACUUGGUUCGCCGCCUCCCCUCCUCCGGGGGUUGCCGCGCUCUAGGAAUGAUGUUUGUAUAUAAACAUUUAUGUAGGUUUAGCGACAAUCUCAAUAGCGGAUACGUACACCCACACGGAU